AUGGGUAUAAACCAGACCAACGGAAAUUGCUCUAUCUGCAAUGAAACCUUCGGGGAUGCUCAUGACUUCUACAAGCACCUUGACAACUGCGUAAUGCUCAAGGUGAUGCAAGAGGAUCCCUCCGAGGCCAUCAACGACAUGCAUCUCGAUGAGGUGAACGAUGAUGAAGAAGCGAAGAAGACAUUGAAACGCGGCUCCCUUGGCGUGGAAGACCGCGGCGACCAAGCAGACUAUAACGAAUCUCACAACGACCAUGAUCUGAGUCCAACAUCAUCCUAUUCCAAUUUGGGUUCCGAUAAAGAGAUCCGUGCGGCUAGUCGUCCUUCGAGUGUCGCGAGUGCGGCUACGGCAGUCAGCUUCACAUACUUUGGCGGCGGAUAUUCGAAUGGCCAUGGCUCGGGUUUAGAACCAGAUACCCAGUCUGCUAGGGAAAACUCUCACAACGACCAUGAUCUGAGUCCAACAUCAUCCUAUUCCAAUUUGGGUUCCGAUAGAGAGAUCCCUGCGGCUAUUCGUCCUUCGAGUGUCGCGAGUGCUGCUACGGGUGCCAGCUUGACAUACUUUGGCGGCGAAUAUUCGAAUGACCAUGGCUCGGGUUCAGAACCAGACACCCAGUCUGCCAGGGAGAACAACUUGCCUGGAGAAACCAAUCUCGAGGUGCAAGAGCCAGAAAUCAGGUAUCCAUCGGACUAUCUCGAGGAGCCCCCAUCCACACAGCCAAUGCAUUGGGAUCGCCGAUGGGACGCAGAUAAUUAUGAAACCGAUGAGCGUGGACCCGAUAUCAUCGUUCUUAGACACCGUGGAACCAUGUAUCCGCUCCAGUUCCGCGCAUAUGCCAUUGAUGACGGUAUUGUCACUGUUGGCGUAUUGCGGCAGGAAGCUGUGAGGAUAGUUGGAGACCCUUUUCCGGACCUUAUUAGGUUAUUUUACAGGGGAAGGUCGUUAGAAGACGACAAUCAAACAUGCAAAGCAGAGGGGCUCAAGCAAUACUCAGAAGUGCUAGUUACAGUUUCCGAAAUUCAACUUGAUCCACGCAGCGACUCUUCCCAUUAUGAAAAAGGCUACACAGGCGACUCGUCACGGGGCCAAUUCAAUGUCAUCAAUAAGGUAGAGAGGAAGAAGAACAAGAAGAAAACUGGACAUACUUCUCCUCCUGAUCCCCCAUCACGGCAUCCAUCGCCCGCUCCAUCUAGCAGCUCACUCCUGUCUCCACCGGAUUUGAAAACAAUGCGUACAGCGAUGGAACAAGUGUCUUCCUUGACCGUGUAUUUCGAGCGUGAUAUCAUCCCGCUUUGUGAUGAAUACAUAGCCCAACCGCCGGGCGAUAUCAAGAAACGGGAUUCCGAACAUAAGAAGCUGAGCGAGAUGGUGCUUAGGCAAGUGAUGUUGCCAGUGGAUGAAAUCGAGCCUGAAGGCGAUGUGACAGUACGCAAUGCCCGCAGGACCCUCGUCAAACAAGCGCAACAUGUCUUAAGUCUGCUGGAUGCGGCAGCGAAAGUAUAG